GAGGGACUUCCGUUAGAGGGAAAUCUCACGUACAUGCCGUGGAUAUGUUUUUUUAAUUCUUGUUCAGUCGAACGCCAAAUUGAUUAUCGAUGUGACCGUUGUUCUAUUUCUAGUCAGGUUCUUAAUAUAUAUUCUAUAUUCUCCCAGGUCUCUGUUUACGUAGAAAAGCUCAUAGGAAGUAAGAUAACGGAAAUGCCGAUGUGGUAUACCAGGAUAACGCUUCAAACCAGGAUCCUCUCUCCAGUGAUGUGCGAUGGAAUCAGAGGAAAACAAGUAAAGCCAGGAGACGGCCAGCGCAGCCCGGCUCCCUUCAUACGCGGUUCUACCCUUUUAUAAGCUUUAAACCCGGCGAAAACAAAGGAGAUGAAGGGACUCCUGCCCUUUUGCCGGGGUCUCUACACCCUGAGUAACCCUCAAGCCAGACGAAAAGCUGGAGUUGUCUGUUCUCAAUGCGGGUUUUGCGGAACUGUGUCUAAUAGAAAGCCACAGCCUCGCUUUGGGCUUCUCUUUGACAUCGAUGGCGUGCUGGUUCGAGGCAGGAUGCCAAUCCCUGCAGCAAAAAAGGCAUUCCAGAAGCUGGUCAACUCUCAGGGUCAAUUUGUUGUACCAGUUGUUUUUGUCACCAAUGCAGGGAAUUGCCUCAGACAAAAAAAGGCUGACCAGAUGUCCCACGUCCUGGGUGUCCCUAUUACCAUGGAUCAAAUCAUCAUGUCCCACAGUCCACUCAGGAUGUUCAAGAAGUACCACGACAAGUGUGUGCUGGUGUCCGGUCAAGGUCCAGUUCUGGACAUUGCUAAAAAUUUAGGUUUUGAAAACGUUGUUAGUAUUGACAUGCUGAGGGAGUCGUUUCCGUUGCUCGACAUGGUGGAUCACAACAGGAGACCUAAACUGCCUUCCGCAGCUGUUGGCCACCUGCCAAAUGUUGAAGCUGUGAUUCUAUUUGGGGAGCCCAUUCGAUGGGAGACCCAUCUCCAGCUGAUAGUGGAUGUCCUCCUGACCCAUGGAAACCUCAGCGGUGCCCACCACAGUCCGACUCGAGCCCACCUACCUUUGCUGGCCUGCAAUAUGGAUCUACUGUGGAUGGCUGAGGCGCAGUCUCCACGGUUUGGACAUGGGACCUUCCUUGUAUGCCUUGAGAAUAUCUACAAAAAGAUAACGGGAAGGGAUUUGAAGUAUGAGGCUCUGAUGGGGAAACCCAGUGAACUGACCUACCAUUUUGCAGAGUACCUCAUCCGAGGCCAGGCCAUCGAAAGGCAGUGGAAGCAUCCCGUCACGUCCCUCUAUGCUAUAGGGGACAACCUGAUGACGGACAUCUACGGAGCCAACCUUUACAACCGCUACCUGGAGGAGAGGGUCAAGGGGAGGAGCCACAAAGCUGUUACCAAGAUGGCAACAACAACAACAACAACUGCCAGUCCCCAGGAGGGGGAGCUGGACCACCCCUGGGCUGGCGAGCUGGCGUUACCGUCCGCUACUUCCUGUAAGUCACUGCUCGUCUGCACUGGGGUGUACAACCCCAGCACUGAGGCAGCCUCCUCCUCCUCCUCCUCAACCAAUCAGCACAUCAGAGAGAACGUGUUCCACGGGCACCGGGACUUCCGCUUCGACCCCGAGCUGGUGGAGCCCGAUCAUGUGGUGCUGGACGUGAAUGAGGCCGUCGAUCUCAUCUUCCACAAGGAGAACUUUGUGCCUUAGUAGGACUUUUGGUUUUGUUGGAAGAUGUGACUUGAAUUGAGUGGAGUGAGGGGCCGAGGGGGCCGGGUGGGGGGGGAAUCGCCACUUCAUGUACAAAAUGUGUAGAAUCUGAAAACUGUGGGCAUUGUUUACAGAGUCAUUUGUUAGAAAAUAAUGUCAUUUUUAAGCUUUCUUAAACAACUUCAGAAGAUUUGCUUUUCACUCGACAGUUAGUUUGUUCGUGUGCUUCAGUGCUUUUCUCGUACACAAUCUGUAGGUAGUCCCCAGAUGAUCAAACAGUGUUAGCCAAUGCGUGAUUAAGAGCUAGUUUUAGAUAACUGCCUUAUUCAACCAUACAGUAUUUUUUUUAGGUCAUACGUUAUAGAUCGUUACAAAAGAUGUUACACUAUAUUUAUUCAAAACAUAUAUUUUUGUUUGACCUUUUAUUGUCAAGAUGACUUUCAUUGUUGUAUUUUUAUUCAGCAUUUGAACCCAUGUUAACUAUGCAUGAUUGUCAGCGUGUACUGUAAGCUCAUCUGUUUGCCAUUGCAGAUGGCAAUGUUGUCCUUCAAUUGUACCGACUGUGUUCAAUUGUACCGUCUGAUCCUCAAUACCUUAACCGGUGCACAGGCGUCAGUCUUCAUAAACAUUAACAUGCUAUAUGUAAGCCAAUAAACUAUGUAAAUCUUUGUGGGCGUAGCUAAAGCACAAUUUCUGUUUUAUGUAAUAGUACUUGUACAGAAAUGUAAUUGGCUGGGAUUUAAUAGUCUAGCGAUAUGUUCUAAAGACUUACAGUAUGUUCAGUGGACCAUUAGCCAUGCAUAUUUUUUAAUGAUUGAUAAUUUUGCAUGUUACGUAUAAAAAAUCGGAAAAAGUACUGGCUUUUAGGAUGAACAAAUUUUACAAGGAAAAUUGUCAAAGAAUCCAUCCAAACAAAUAAAUGACCUUACAAUUGUUUACAUAUCAUAUUGACAUGUAACACAUUGUUUGUACUUCCAGAAAAAUAUGAUAAUACAGUCUUACAUCAUGUAGCUUUUAUCUUAUUAUUGUGUUUCUUGUGCAGGACAUCCAUUAUUUGUGGUAAUAAAUCCAUAUUUAUAUA